AGGAAGCUGAAAAAAUUCGACAGAAGAAUAAAAAUUUCAUUUUUUGCGGAGUGUGUGCAAAAUUUUCUGUAACAUUGUGGCAAUCGAUAUAAGAAAUUUCCAGUUUUGGAAGUUCAAACGCAGUACUGCUGCUAAAAAGCGAAUAAGGUUUGCCAGUAGCUCUGGGAAAAUUAUGAGCGAUAGAAAGGUUAAAAAAGACGCAACCAACAAGGAAAUCAUUAAUAUGGGUGACGCCGCAGGUUAUCUCGACCGUUUUGUUGGCGAUGUCAGCAAAAAGUCGGCCACUAAGCAGAUUCUCAUCGGUGCAGGUAGUGGAUGGGCAACAGGAUACAUUACAAUGAAAGUGGGUAAAGUAGCUGCAGUGGCUGUCGGAGGAGGGAUUAUAUUAUUACAGAUUGCCAACCAGCAAGGAUAUAUUCAAAUUGAUUGGAACAAAAUUCACAAUAAAGUUGAUAAGGUUACUGAUAAGGUAGAAGAGGCCGUUACAGGACAAGGACCUAGCUGGGCUGAUAAGGCUGAGCGUUUUGUUGAUCGAAAAUUAAACCAAGCCGAGGAUACUCUAAAGAAAAAAGGCAAGAAGGCGCGCAAAUGGUAUACAAAUCUUAUCGGUGAUGAUACCGGUUGUAAGCUAAACGAUCUUCAUAUAUUUAUUUGUGCCUUCGCUGCGGGGGUCGCGAUCGGCGUCGGAACUGCCUGAGGCAUAGGGAAUUCAAGCUGCGUUUAACAAUUGUAAUCUAUUAUUGUAUUCUCAGAAGUAAGAAAAAAAAGCAUCGAGAACAUCGCUUUUCGUCGGUCGAGAGAUCAAGUUGCUAUAAGCGAGCGAGUUAUGUUAGAUCACCACACUAGGUCCAUCCUAUCCUCAUCCCAUUUGUAUUUCCAAAGUGGCUAGUAAAGAUGGGAGGUAACGAAACAGACGAAGAAUGGAGCUAAUUUGCUUAAAUGUGUUCGAAGGCAUUCGCUGUGAUUAAGGGAACGAUUUGAUUUGAUAGUUUGAGAAGGAGUACACACUUUUAAGUAUUCACAGCAGCUUAAGUCAGGCCCAAAUGUAUUUAUAUGUAUUUAUUUUUAAGUUGAGAGUGCUCGAAAAAUUGUCAACACCAAAAGGCAACCGACUCGCACAUCCACACAGUCAGCAAUAAAGCAUUAAUUUUCACAACCAACAAUCAUCCGUACUUAGCUCAAACAUCCGACAACAUGAUCUGGAACAACAAAAAAAAAAUAGUCGCUUCUACCUAAGUCAAAUGUCAGAAAAGGAGCCGUCAUAAAUAGUAUAUUACAUUAAAAAUACGCUAAGAUCAAUCGUGGAAUUCUCAUAUUGUGUGUAAGCAGCCUAUAUGUACUGAGUUGAGCAUAAUAAACGGAUUUAUUAAACAAUAUAUG